CGCUUCGUGUAUAGGUACAGUUGUUCAGUACAUCCAUUCCAAUUUUGAAGUGAAUCGAAAAGGUGUUUGUUUUGUGGUCGUUUUACAAUCUUAACGAAAUUAGGUAAAUUGUGAUUUUAAAUAAUUAAAAGUGCUUAACAUUGUGCAAAUUUAAGACGAAAUUUAGCAAUUUCACUUAUAUUUUCCAUAUAAACUCGUGAACGCAAGAAAAAAAUCGAAAUGUCUGACAAACCAAAGCGUCCUCUUUCCGCAUAUAUGUUGUGGCUCAACAAUGCACGCGAACAGAUUAAGCGCGAAAAUCCAGGCAUUAAAGUUACCGAAGUGGCGAAAAAAGGUGGGGAGUUAUGGCGUUCAAUGAAGGACAAGUCGGAAUGGGAAGCAAAGGCAGCUAAAGCCAAGGAAGAUUAUGAGGAAGCGGUGAGAGAAUUUGAGGCCAAUGGAGGCAGCUCGGCAAAUGGCAGUACAAAGAAGCGUGGUAAAGCGGCGAAAAAGCCCGCCAAAAAGAGCAAGAAAGCUGAGUCCGAGGACGAUGAUGAGGAUGAAGAAAGCGACUAGAUCAAACGAAAAAAACUUCUUAAUUAUAACAAAACAAAAGAAGACCUGCUUGUCCGUCUGUAAUCUCUGCCCAUUCUUACAUUUAUAUUCAUAAAAUCAGCUGGAUUGAAAACACGUUUGCACAAAGUUUCAAGUCACUCACAUCAAAAGUAAAACAAAAAUAUGCGUCAUUUUCGAUCGUUUACACAUGCAUUUAUCGUAUGAAAAGUAUUUAGUUGUAGUGAAAGUAACAAAAUAGAAACUUUGCAUUUAAUUUAAUAUAAUAAAAUUAAAUAAAUAUUGAUCAAAAUGCAUAGUUAUAAGUAAAUGUUCUGAAAAGUCGUGAAAAGAAAAAAUAAAAAUUAAUAUUAUAUAUGUGACUGAAUAUAUACAUAUAACUAUUGCGGUUGUAUUAAUGCGAAUAAGAAAAGGAAAAAUGUGUAAUUAAAAGUAAAUAAUGUGCGUCGCCUUUUACAGCCGAUGAUAAACUGAAAAAACUAGUGGAUAGCGGAAAGUUGGUCGUACUAAGGUUUUUCAUAGUUUACCUAAAUGACUAAGCAUUGAAUGAAAAAAUAAAAGCUGAUCCUUUUUAAUGAGAGUAGUUGGGGAGAAAGUACAAAAUAUAUACUGAUACUUAAGUUGGUAUUUGCUAUACUAUUUUCAAACUGAAUUUGUAAAUUCAUAACUGGAAGGUGUAGUAUUCAAUACAUUUUUCUGUAUACACUUUAGUUAACAAAACUAGCUCCGCCUUGAAGAAACAAAUUUAAUGUACGACUUUUUAGAACGGCAUUAAAAAUUAUAGUUUAUUUUAAACAAAA